AUGGACCAGUUAUCUCUGAGUGAAACAAGUCUCUUGCUUGAAUGGAAGAAACAAUUUGCAUUCAAUCGAUUACAGGAUGAAAAAGCGCUUCAUGAUACCUUAAUGGCACUACUUUCGACUCCAACGUUUGUAAGCAAAGAAUUGCCAAGUGAACGUAGUCAAGCAUUAGUAUUGCUUGAGUUAGUUGCAGAAUUUGCAUCGAAUGAACCAUUACGUGGACAUUCUUCACAACUUUUAGAGACGCUCAAGAUGACCCAUCGACGCAUUUCAAACUUGUGUGACUUGCAUCUUCGACGAGUACCAAGGUGGUUCUUACCAGGAUGUGAAGUGGAUUUCUCACCUUUUCAUCAUACCAUUGGGCCCUCGAGAGGAUCGUUUGGGUCAACACUUCAACGUGGUGAGGCACAUCGAUACAGCUACAAUAAUGAAGGAGCUCUUUCGAAUGCUACGGCUACAGUAGCUGUGAAGUGUCUGUGGGCACUACCCGAUGUCCAUUAUCAAUUUGUCGAACAGCUUUUUGCACGAAGUGGAGUGUCCAAGUGGACACAUGUUCGACAUCCAAACGUGGUGACUGUACGAGGAGCUUCCCAUGCUGCUACACCACCUUAUUUGGUGAGAGAUUUUACAACUUAUGGUGGACUUACAUCUUAUCUUGCAGCGCUCGAAACACGAGCUAAGACAUUUGCAGGGCCUGAAAGUAGUGGAAAAGUGGAGACAUUGACAUGGCAAUUACUUUAUGGAGCAAGUCGUGGUCUGCUACACCUUCAUGAACAACAUAGCAUUGUCCACGGAGGACUACGGUGCAAUAAUAUACUUGUUGAUAAGAAAGGUCGGGCUGUGAUUGCUGACUUUGGAUUGUACACGUUGGCAUGCGACGCUCGAGAUUCCGGACUUACCGAAUACUUUCAAUUGGACGUUUUCGACGCAGACGCUGAGGAAUUAAUACGAUGGCAAGCCCCUGAGUGCUUACGAGAACACGUGGCAUAUCGCGAGUCACUUCGGUCUCUCUCUGAGACCGGAUCGGCACUGGUAUCAAGCGGUGCCAGUGCAUCUGCCACUUCCUUCUCCACGGAUGUGUACGCUUUUGGAAUGUGCAUUUUGGAGGCCUUGACUCGCACAGUGCCCUGGGCAGGGCUUGACAUUGCAAAGAUUCGCACGCUUAAAGAAAACCUGAGCUUGCUACCCCCUCGACCAAGGUGCAUUUCAUCUCAGGGAUGGACACUGAUUGAGAAGAUGUGUGCAGCCGAUCCGAAGAAGCGUAUUACACUUAGCGAGGCAUCACAGGAGCUAAAGCGACUUGGAUACGGAAACCGGGUAUCAAGUCGAUCACAAAACUCCAUUCGGUCACGCGGGAGUAGUGUGACGAAUUUGAAGGCGCUGGACGUUGCCAAAAUUGAGCAUAUCUCGACAUCACUGGAAGAAGUUUCACAAGAACUCAAGAAUAUAUCGGAUCGUUGCCGUAAUGGAAGCGCUUCAAGUGUGAAGACACUAGACGAGCAAGCGACUCAGAAACUGGCUGGUGUAUCUGGCAUACGUUUGAAUAUUGCAUCUAAAGAGCUGAAUGGACUGGGAAUAGGUGAAAAACUGACAAGUGGAUCACGAAGUAGCAGCAAUCAGGACCUGGGAAGAGUCGCUCGAGACGCAUUUGAUAAAUUAGACCGACUAUCCACUCAUGGUUCUGGCACUUUAACUGCUGGACCAAGCCAGGACAUAUCAUCAUUGGGAAGCGAGCAGAGACAAAAUGCAGAAAACGAAUUCUUAGUGUUAGCUGCGGCUACAUCUGGCUAUCCACCGCCCUUUACAGUACACGCAGUGGAACAGGUGACUGCUAUCACUGCGGACAAGCCAUUAUGUAAGCCUGACUCUUUGGUACUGAGUGAUGCGUCAACGGUGGAGCAGGCCGGUCGUUCGAUAAAGAAGUAUGCCUCGCCGCUCAGACAAGGUUAUUCGAAUUCACGCAAAGUAGGCAGUGCAGUUAUUGUGAACAGCUCAUUGGAGAAGGAAUCUUGCAACAGUUUACACUUGUCUGCACAUGAUGAAAAGGCAAAGCUACCUCACUCUCGAGACGUAGUGCGUCCAAUACACAGCGCGCUUUUCAACGAGCCAAAUGACAGUGAUACGACUGAUGGUAAGCCUGAUCGAAGUAAUUGCAGAUCGACCAGCAUAGACGACAGUGCUGAGACAACUUCUGCUUUUGAUUGUAAUAGCAAUUGGCCUACGUACGAACAGCCCGAGCAAGAAAUUAAUAAUGAUAGUGCAAAUGUCGAGCGCUUUGAUGCCUGCGAGGAAUAUCCUGUAUUGUCGAGCAGUGGUGAAGAAGAUGGACGCUUGGAAAAGCUGGCUAUUGGUGAUAGUUCUACAGAUGAAGAAACGUUGAUGAUCGUUCCUGCGGAGUUUCAGACAGCUUGCAGCUUCGACGAGGAGGACUCUGCGUCAGUACUUCAGCCAGUAAUUGGUCUUCUUGACAGCCUCUGGACUGAGCGACUUGAGGAAGCUCAUUUAAUUGAAAAUUUGGAAGCUAUAAAGGAAUGUCUCGAGCUAUCAACUGCUUCAAUCAUCGUGGAGCGGGAGGGAUUUCUUGCAUUAAUGAAGCUUGUUUGGAGAAACCACUCUGAAGUUUGCACGAUUCACGCCUUAGAGAUAUUGCAGUCAAUCGCUGGCCUCAACUCUGACUUUGUGGUAACACUAGUAGAAUCUAAACUUGUGAAGAUCUUGCUGGCUGUUAUCAAAUACCGAUCAUCUCCUCGACAAGUUGACUUGGCAGCAUCGUUUCUUCUUGAGGUUAUUGCUGAUAAUGACGAAGCAAUGAGGCAGCUAUGGAAAUGUCGCGGUGUCGGUGUGAUGGAAGAUAGUCGCGUCAUUGACCGUCGACUUGUUCAGGAAGUAAAGUCUACGAUGGCAAAGUUCAAGCGAAACGAAGGCUUGAAGUGUCUUGAGGAAAGUGAAUAUCACUUAGCAAUUGAUAAGUUUACAGUAGCAAUUGCUUUGGAUUGCAAGCGUGCAGGGUACUACGGUGACCGAAGUUUGGCGUAUAUGGAAGCAUCCAUGUACAAAAAGGCAGUGGAAGAUGCCUAUCGCUGUAUGCGCUACAACCCGUACGAUGUGACGGGAUAUUUACGCCAUGGCUUGGCUCUGAGGGCCUUAGGAAAGUACAAGGAGGCCAUUCACUCGUUGCGUGAAGGUACAGAGGUUGAUCCCAAGUUUAUGAAAAUCCGUGAUACACUGGUUGAGACCGAAAAGCUCUACGAGGCACAACAGAAAGGAGGAGAUAGUGGCAAAAUGCUGCGCCAUAUGACGGCUGCUGAGUCUGCAAAACUUAAGAAGAAGGAUGGUGACGAUGCACUUCGAAAGAAGGAUUUUACGCUUGCAAUCGAAUGCUAUACGGAAGCUCUCGAGCUUGAUCCGAAGAACGACUGGAUGUAUUUGCACCGAAGCAUUGCCCACAUUGCUUGUAAGGACUACACCAAGGCGAUAGAAGAUUCGUCUAGGUGUAUCCAGAUCAACUACCGACAGGUCGAAGGCUACUACCGACUUGCACUGGCGUUGCAUGGAGCUAGCCAGCAUGACCAAGCAUUAAAUACACUCUACCGUGGACAAGAAGUGGAUCCACGACACAAGGGUAUCGCUCGUUUUAUUAACCAACUUGAAGAAGAGGAAGCGAAGGAAGCAGGACUGUUAUUACCCGAAUGGUUCAAGAAUAAAGGGUAUCGAGCAUUUCAGUUGCGUUCAUAUGAGGAUGCCAUCAAGUUUUACACAAAGGCAAUUGACGCGUCACAGUCCGACGAUGAUGAGGUGGUGAUGCAUUGUUAUUUGUAUCGAUCUCGUGCCCAUCAGACGCGAGGUGAAUUUUCAGCUGUGAUUGCUGAUUGCACGUACGUACUGGAUCGUCGUCCGACUGAUGUUUUUGCUCGCUUGCGACGCGCAGAUGCGUACGAACAACAGCGUGAUUAUCUCAUGGCACUGGAAGAUAUUCGUGAGUUGGCGACUCUCAAUCCAGAAUACGAAGAUGCUCAUGCUCGGCUUGAAUCGUUACAAGAUAAAUGUCGACUUUUACCUGGUGCAUCUCAACAAAAGCAUGUUGAGAUUACUUUAUAA